AGGGGGUUGGAGAAAGGCACGUCAGUCACUUUGCAAGCGUCGAGUUAUAAACACAGUUCCGGCGGUGAAUGGGGUUGUCUUUGUAAAUGAAUGCAGAAAAAAUGGCAGAUGAUGAAAGUUUACCUUCAGGCUGGGAGAAACGCCAGAGCCGGAGUUCAGGCCGUGUGUACUACUUCAACCACAUCACAAAUGCCAGCCAAUGGGAGCGUCCGUCCGGGGCGGCGGAUGGGAAGGGGGAGCCCGACAAGGUGCGCUGCUCCCACCUGCUGGUCAAACACAGCCAGUCCCGACGCCCGUCGUCCUGGCGAGAGGAGAACAUCACGCGUUCCAAAGAGGAGGCCCUGGAACUGAUACACGAGUACAUCGAGAAGAUCAAGUCUGGAGACGAGGAGUUUGAGACGCUGGCCUCUCAGUUCAGUGACUGCAGCUCCGCUCGCAAUGGUGGCGAUCUGGGGUCCUUUGGCAGAGGGCAGAUGCAGAAGCCGUUUGAAGACGCCUCGUUCGCGCUGAAAGUGGGGGACAUGAGCGGACCCGUGUUCACGGAUUCCGGGGUGCACAUCAUCCUACGCACCGGAUGAAACCACCACCUCCCCCUUUACUCCCCGUUCCCUGAUUCCCCAUCCCUCGUCGAACUGAGUACAUCGGGUUUCCCUAAAGAAAUUAAAUUUAAAAAAAAAAAUACAUAAAUAAAAAAUAGAACACCAAUUGAGUAGGGGAGAAAAUACCCGAUCCCAGCCCUUUACAGCAGUGGCUCUCAAACCCAGCCCUGGGGACCAGAGUGCCUUCUGGUUGUCAUUCCAACUGAGCUCUCAAUUACUUAACUAGACCCUUAAUUAAACUAAUAAUGUGCUUAAUUAGACCUUUUUUUAAUUGUUCCAAGCACCUAAAAAGUUGCAGAUUUCAAGUUACAUAAACGAUUUUAGAGUUAACUUGAUAUUUCCAACUGUUUAAGAGCUGCAAACAAUUAAAAAUGCCUAGUAUUAUUAUUAGCAUUAUUUAUUUAGCAGACACCUUUAUCCAAGGCAACUUACAGAGACUAGGGUGUGUGAACUAUGCAUCAGCUGCAGUGUCACUUACAAUUACAUCUCAUCCGAAAGACAGAGCACAAGGAGGUUAAGUGACUUGCUCAGGGUCACACAAUGAGUCAGGUGGGAUUUGAACCGGGGACCUCCUGGUUACAAGCCCUUUUCUUUAACCACUGGCCCACGCAGCCUCAAUUAAGCCUCAAUUAAGGGUUUAGUUAAGUAAUUGAGAGCUCUGUUGCAACGCUAACUGGAAGAUACUGGGUCCCGAGGACCGGGGUUGAGAUCCACUGGUUUACAGGAUUCCUAAACUUGUUCACGAACACACACACAUCCCUCACCACUGUAUUUAUCAUGUAAAUGCAUGGGCAACCAACUUAGAAAAGUGGAAAGAAUAAUUGAAUACGUUUCUGAAGUGAUACAAGCUGUCUCGGAAAUGUUUGGCACGUUUAAGAGAAACGGUUCUGCCUUACAGUUAUCUCUUUAUAAUACAGUAAAUAUUUUGCAUUGUGUUCAAGAUCUAUUGCUGCAGCCUGACCACCCCCGUCCAGUUCUUUAUAAAACAUAAUAACGUGUUGCUGUGUUACUGUUCUCUUACUGGUUUUAUGAUGACAGCUGGGCAGAAGCGGGCCGGUUCGGUUCUGUUGGGUCGGUCGUGGUGUAACGUGGGUUCGCCAAGCGCUCCGUGAGGUUGUCCGAUAAGACCAUUAAAGAAGUUUUUAAUCGCAGGUGGUUUUGGAGUUUUCCUUUUUAAUAAAAAAAAAACAAAAAUGAUGUAUUAUAUAUAUGAACCUUCUUUCCUGUGUAUGUGGGUGGGUCAUGUGAGUAGUCCAAAUCAAAUUAGAAACUUAUCAUUUAUGGUUGCUAAGGAAUAAAACAUAAAUGUAAUGAUGCUGGUACUAUAUGAGGUACCCUGGUGCGAGAAUCUAGCGCCAAAUCUGCACCCCUGGGGGCAUAUUACAGAAUAACUUACCAAAUUGCUUUCCUAUCUUAUCUUUCGUUGCUAGGAUAGGAUUUUUCCUAACUUGGUAUUACAGAAGCACUUUCUAAGUCACAGGUAGCUAUAAUUUCCUGAGUGCUCUAUCCUAUCUUAACUUGAAUUAGGGAAUCCUAUCUCACAUUAAAUCAUAUCUGUUUUCAACUGAUCAAGUCUGAAUUAAGGGGACAACGGUCACAGCUCGCGCUACAUCUAGUUUUACAUCGUCACCAAAGAGAAAAAUAAUAUAUUUUGUGAUUGGUUCCUCUUCACUUGGGUACUGAAACUACCACAACAAACAUUAAUAAUAAAAUAAGAAUACUUUUUCUACUUUUUUUGUCUUUGGAAAUUAAAGCUGUUUACUGUCAAGUGUCUAAUUGAAUCUAUUCAGGGCUUCUGCUAUACAGACUACUGAUGAUAUCGUUUAUAAACUGUCAAAAAGCAGAAACAUGGUGGAGCGCAGGAUGCGCACUAUAGCCUGGAGAUCGCAGGUUCGAAUCCAGGCUAUGUCAUUACCGACCGUGACCGGGAGUUCCUAGGGGGCAGCGCACAAUUGGCCGAGCGCCGCCCGGGUAGGGAGGGAUUGGGUCUGCAGGGCAAUCCACGGUUCACCAUGAACCAGCGACUCCUGUGGCCGAUAGGGCGCCUGCGGUUCUGCAGUGGAGCCAUUCAGAUCUGUGUUGACCUCCAGCACUAUAGGUCUGGGGGCAGGGGGGGUGCACAAAAUACAUUUCCAGGGAGUUUGUCAUGACGUCGUUUUAGCUGUGCUUUCCCAGGUGAGAACAUGUACCGAUAGCAAAGUGGAUGAAGCUUCAAUCACAUCUUAGGGUGUAUAAUAAAAAUAAAAUUAAUAAAUAAAUACAUAGCUACACAAAUAAAUGAAUACAUUUUAAGCAGAUAUUGCUUGCUUCUCAAUUAUCAAGCGCACUGUAGCCUAAAGCUAGUUAGCAUGUGUUUGUAAACCUAUGUUGUAUUUCAAAGUGUCUGAUCAUGUGUUUUGGCAGGCAAUAUUUUUUUAAUUAGGCUACCUUGCAUGUACAAAUAUGUCCAGUACUUACAGCGCUUGGAUCUGUAAUUUACAGAAUUAUACUUGUUACAUGUAUUCUUUGUCUCAUUUUACUCAAAAUAAAUGCAGAAUUACCAUUACAA